CAGCUGUCGGCACAUGCGGGCGAAGCACGCGCGUCGCGCGCGCAUCCGCGAUCCCUUCGUUUUCGCGCGCUGUUAAGUGACUGUUCGAAUUUUAAAACUAACCAACUGAAAAAGUACCUAUUCAAUUUUUCUUCCGGGAGUGAUUUUGUGAUUUUUGUCGUUUGUUCUUUUUUUACUUUUAAACAAGUGUACAGUCUAUUCAGUGAAGGCCAGUGUUAAAAUUUUGAUAUUAUCUGAGUUGGUCCGACGUUAAUGAUGAUCUGAUUAAUCGGAGUGGUGUAUCUCGUACAUUGUGCCGGUAACGACCAUGUCAAUCUGUCAAUCGACUUCUAAUGAUGAGAUUAAUCGAAAAUUUUAAUUAGGGGUAUUGUGUCGAAGUGUUGUGAUCUAGUUGUAAACAUCAACAUCAAACGUGCUUGGACUUUCGAGCACAGGCAGGCACCAGACGGGCCAAGACACAUGUCCCCCAAAAAUGAUUCCGAUGAUAGUGCGCGUGUGGUGCGAGGUGGGCGCGGGCUGGGCUCCUGCGCACGUGCCGGUCACACCGCAGACCACGUGCCGCGACGUCAUCGACUGCUGCCGCGAUCCGGGCGACGAGCCCUGCCUGCUGUUCCGAGUGCACCCUCUCGAUGGAGUGCACGUGUUAAGGGACAACGAGCUUCCUCUGGAAGUAGUGGCGGCGCUGGGACCUGACGUGCAGUUCGUUCUCAAGUACAUCGACCAUGAGACGGGGAGCACGGAUAAGAGCAAUGGUAUGAAGGAACCGGGAUCACCUGAGGAAUUGUUGGGGGAAGGGGUGGAGUUGACGCUGGGCGAGCUGCGCGCGAUGGCGCUCCGUCAGCAGCAGCAGAUCGACACGCAGCACCAGCUGCUCUGUGCGAAGGAGCAGCGGCUGCGGUACCUCAAGCAACAGGAGGCGAGGCAGCAUCAGGUGGCUGUGGAGGGGGAGCGGCUACGACGGCUACGCGAGCGCGUAGAAGCGCAGGAGUUAAAGUUACGACGGCUACGAGCGUUACGCGGCCAACUCGAUCGUAACAAGCAAGCUAAUAUUGCACUUACUAGCGACCUUGAAUCAAUACGAGCACUUUUCAAUGAGAAGGAGAAGGAACUAUCGGUGGCGGUGGCGAAGGUGGAAGAAUUGACGAGACAGCUGGAAGAGUUGCGGCGCGGGAGAGUUCAGCCGGCACCGCCGUCUGCGCACGAGUUGGACAAGCUCAGGAGAGAAUUGAUGUACCGCAACAAACUGAAUGAGCAACAGAACGGCAGACUGUCAGCGCAGCGGGCGGCGUUGGGCGCGCGGCAGGAGGAAAUGAGGAGUAUUGACCGGAGAGUCUCCGAGCUGCAGGCGAGACUGUUGAGGAAGCGAGCGCUGAACCGACAGCUCGCCGCAGCGCAUCGACACCCGCAGCAACAGCCACAACAGAGGACAAACAACCCCACACCGAUGCAGCAGCUGCCGAGCUACCCUGCCAGCGGCACGAACAUGCAACCAAAGAACCAACCAUCGCGGGGGAACGUCGCUGCUGUGGAACCCUACAACCACGUGCCGCACGCGCAAAGCCUUAGCCAUAACGCCAACUUUCAGGCAAUGAAACAAAAUGUAAUACAAAACAACGUGCCAUUGAAACAGCUCACGCAAAGUGACAACAUUCAGAGUCAUUUAACCCAAGAAGCCCACUACUUGCAGCAGAAACAAAUGAUGAAUCCCCUGUACAACGGGGGCUACCCCCACCUGCAACCUGGCAUGCAAGACGGCCAGUAUCAAGGGCAGUACAAUAAACAUGAAAUGAAUGCUUACAACCAUGUCCAACAGGGUAUAAGCAAUGCCUAUGAUCAGAAAACUGUAUUCGAUCAUAUGAACAAAUAUCCGGAAUAUUCAAAGCAACCUCAGUAUAGUCCAAAUAGCACAAGCAGCUCGACCAGCAACCAGACAGGCAAAGAAUUAAAAAUAAAUGAACAAGAGUUCUUACCUGAAUUUGCCGCCAGUAAAUCAGACCCUAAAUAUCAAACUUUGCCAUAUAACACGAAAUUCCCACAAAGCACGAACGGUAAACUCAAACCUGAAGUGAAUAAUAAAAACAACGAAAACCAGGAUUCAAAGAAUCAAAAUGCGAUGAAUGUUAACGUCAAUCAUAUGACUGUACAUUCGACGCCACUUUCGGUUGUGAAUAAAAGUCUCGCGACACCUCUAAGUCAAACUGAAGCUACAUAUCAGAAUGAACAUGCAUAUCAGUUACAGAAAUCUGAUUCCUCUAGUAGAUGUAAUCAAGAGGGGAAAGAAAAUCAAGCAUAUCCACAGAAUUCUAGGCUAAGUCAGAGUAAUAGUCAGAGCAAUGAGAGCUCAAAGAUGAAUGCAGGGAAAAGUCAGCAGAGCAACGCGCUUAAAGGCAGCUCGCCAAGUUUGGGAUCAAACACGACGACAGCUAGUAGUUCUAUAGGAUUUGGAAAGCCCGUGUCGAGCGUGGCUCCCACAUCGGUUCAAGUAUCGAGUGGAAAACCAUCUCCCAUAUACCAGACUUCAUCCACAAAGAUCCAACCGGUCCAGCCACAGACCGUUCAGGCACAAUCUGUACCUAAUCAUGUAGCUAGUAACGUGACUUCCCAAUCCCAGAUCGUUAGAAACACGGCGUCAGGGCUGUCUAGUUCGGGAAGCACCUUCGGUGGACAGAAUACGUCGCAAAGCAUUCUGUUGUCACCUCCCCAAAGUGCAAGCACGCCGUUGUCGACACCUGACGUUAGUGGCACAGACAAGUCACCGAAACCAGCACUACCUCCAAAACCCACCAUUAAGACGCCUCCUCGACAGUCAGUAAACAAUGAUGCAGGUUUCAACCAAUCGACUGAAAAUAUGCCCACCAUACCUGUACCAGAUUCAAAUGACAUUGAAUCGCUUAAUCAAAAAGAAUCGAGCAACGGGAGCAGUAACAACGAAAUGAUAAUCAAAGCCCGUCCACUUACUAUCAGAAAACCACCGCUAAGUGAGCAACCAAAAUUGCGAAACCUCAGCAAUUCCAAGAAUGGAAUUAGCGUUAGCAUAAACCGGCGUAUAGAAAUGCCUCCAGCAUUUCUAUUCCCAGAAAUGGAUCAUUUGAUUGAUGCACCUAGUGAAGCACAGAACGGCCUAAAAGAUAAAACGAAGCAAAAAGACGAAGUAGAUAAGGCACUAAAUAACAACAUAUCUUUAAUUAAUGAUAAGCAUGAGGAUAGUAAGGAGAACGUUGUAUCUGAGAUAGCAGAACAGAUAAGCGCCGUUGAUUUGAACGGUCAGGAUUCUCAGGGACCUGAGAAUGUGCUGAGGCGAUCAAAGAAAGGCAACUUGAAACAAGGAGGCAAAGCUCCGUUAACAAGACGCGUGAGCUUCGAUCCUCUAGCGCUGCUAUUAGAUGCUAGUUUAGAGGGAGAAUUGGAGCUCGUAAAGAAAACGGCAACACAGGUUCAGAACGCAAGCGCGGCUAAUGAUGAAGGAAUUACAGCUCUCCAUAAUGCCAUCUGUGCAGGGCAUUUCGAGAUCGUCAAAUUCCUAGUAGAGCUUGGUUGCGACGUUAACGCGCAAGAUUCUGAUGGUUGGACGCCUCUGCAUUGCGCUGCUUCUUGCAACAAUUUGCCGAUGGUCCGCUUUCUCGUCGACAAUGGCGCUUGUAUCUUCGCAACUACGCUGUCUGACCACGAGACGGCGGCUGAGAAGUGCGAAGAGGACGAGGAAGGCUUUGACGGUUGCUCCGAGUAUUUAUACAGUGUCCAAGAGAAGCUAGGCAUCAUGAACAACGGUAUAGUGUACGCCGUGUUCUCCUACACCGCCGCCCGUAGCGACGAGUUGUCGUUCGACACGGGAGCCAGGCUGCAAGUGUUGAGGAAGGGAGACGACAACGAAAGGGAGUGGUGGUGGUGUAGAGACGACAGCGGCCAGGAGGGCUACGUACCCAGGAACUUGCUUGGGUUAUAUCCAAGGGUAACCACACAGCAGGAUUAAGAAGGAAACGCGAAGGGCUUAAACUUAACAUUAUGACCUGAUUAUAUAUUGUAAAUAUAUCUAGUUCGUUUUAUUUUUUAUGUAUUUAUAUCACUGUAAUCUAAAAAUAUAGAUAUUGUAUACAAUUUUAUCAAAAACUAAUAUUUUGUAAAUAUACAAAACUAAGUGCAAAACGAAUGAGAUUAUAUUGUACAUUUUAUAAAUAUGUGAGUCAUCAUUAUAAUUGGUCAUGAAAAUUUGUAUAUUGUCCUUAGGUGCAAAUAUUGUGAGAUAUUACACAUAAAUUGACAAUACAAUAAUGAAGAAUUAUAA